UCCUACCGACCUACCAUUGAGCGUCGUGACAGUAUAACUCGAUCGGUCCACCGCUUAGGCAACACUGCGCUCAUCCAACGUUCCCCGCAGAAGCAACACAACUUGCCGCAAGGCCAACUUCAAAUCAGCGUUAGGCUACCGCAGCGUCCUAUCCAUUGGCGUUGCCACGUUGGCGACAACUUCAGCAAACUACCUUGAUUGUCUCGUUCCCAUUCAGACUUCUCCGGCCAUCCUGACGUGUGUACCUUCUUCAUGA